AUGGUGUUACUCGUUAGAAAUGUACUUCUCAAUAUUUUAAUUAGCUUUCAGAAAAGGUUCACAUUCCCUUUUCUCGAAAAAAAAACUCCAGAAGACACAAUUCUCAAAAAAGGAUCUGUUGCUAUCAUAACUGGCGGUUCCGGAGGUCUUGGUUUAGAAAUUGUUAAACGAUUAACUUCAAGAAAUGUAACUUGUAUAAUAUUAGAUGUGAUUCCUCCAAAUGUUAGAUUCAAAAAGGAAGAAAAGGUGAUUUUUUAUAGGUGUGACAUUUCGAGUAUACACCAGGUGAAAAAGGUUCAUCGAGAUAUUCGUAAAAGGAAUGAGAGAAUAUCAUUAUUAAUUAAUAACGCUGGAAUUACUUGUGUGAAACCUUUGAUUGAAAUGACUAAUCAAGAAAUAAAGAAAAUAAUUGAAGUUAAUUUUAUUGGAGCUUAUGGCAUGAUUGAAACAUUUUUACCUGACCUGAUGAGGGAUAACGAUAAAUGUUAUAUAGUAAAUAUCGCCUCGGUUUUGGGAUUAAUUUCACCUGCAAAUUUAACAGGAUAUGGUGCUUCAAAAGCGGGUAUGAUUGCCGUCCAUAAAUCUUUAGCAAGCUCUUUGAAGAAUUGCAAAGAAGGCCACAAAAUUAGGACAUUAUUAGUUUGCACGGGCAAAAUUAAAACAACGAUGUUCGAAACAGUUCCUACACCAUCAAGUAUUUUAGCGCCUGAUAUCGAUCCUUCGGAAUUGGCAAAGCUAAUCAUUCAUUCUAUUGAUAAUAAUUUGGAACACACUUUAAAGGAGCCUUAUUAUGUCAAUUUAGUACCUUUCUUUAAAAUGUUGGAUAGGCCGUAUAUUGCUUUACUGAAAAGGUUUAGCGGCAUGAAUCAAGCUACUUCAAACUGA